AGUACAACAACGUAAUUUUUUGUGAAAAAAUAUUUGAAUGAAUCCAUCGAUCUCACUUAAUUCCGCCCCUGUAUCUCACACCCCCCACUCCUAACCUCUUUUUGAGUUCAACAGCUGAAUCAGAAUUCACACUAGAAAAUAAACACAUAAAAAAGUCGAAGAAAUAUGAUAAUAAUAAUUUUUCAUUGAAGAAUGUUCUUAUAAACCUCUGAUUCUACCUAAUUCCGUUUUUGGAUGCGACAACCCCCUCCCCCCCGACUCCUAACCAAAAAGAACACACAAAGAGGACGAAGGAGUAUAAUAGUAUAAUUUUUCACCGAAAGAUAUUAUGAGAAACUCCCUCAACUCUACCUAAUUCCGUACCUCUAUCCAACCCCCCUUACCCCAAAGAAAACAAAAAAGAAAACUUUUUUAUCUGAAUAAUUUAUUAAAAAAGGAUUCUUUUUUUUGUUUUUUUUUCCCUUAGGGGAAAGAAUAAGUUGGUGUAGUAUUACAACUUUACAAGUAGUAUUUUGUUAAUUAUUAUUCUUGAAAUUAUUACUACUACAACUUUAGUUGUUCAUUAUCAUCAUCAUCCAUCAUGGGUUGUUGUCAAUCUUCAAUCUUGGGUGAACUUAGUUCAGAAAAAGAUCAGCAACGUCAUGGAGUUGGUGGGGCCCAUACAAGAGCUUCAAAUGGCACCGGCGCCGGAGCAGCCAUCGGAGAUGGUGGAGUUCCGGUGUUUUCAGAGUUUUCAUUAUCUGAGCUAAAAGCAGCUACCAAUAACUUUAGUUCAGAGUUUAUAGUAUCUGAAAGUGGUGAAAAAGCACCUAAUAUGGUGUAUAAAGGGCGUUUGCAGAAUCGGAGGUGGAUUGCUGUAAAGAAAUUUACUAAAUCUGCUUGGCCUGAUCCUAAACAGUUUGCGGAUGAAGCAUCAGGUGUUGGGAAAUUGAGGCAUAAAAGGCUGGCUAAUUUGAUUGGGUACUGUUCUGAUGGGGACGAGAGGCUGCUUGUAGCUGAGUACAUGCCAAAUGAUACACUUGCAAAGCAUCUGUUUCACUGGGAGAAUCAAACGCUUGAGUGGGCAAUGCGGUUAAGAGUGGCUCUCUAUAUCGCUGAAGCAUUGGAUUACUGUAGCACUGAAGGUCGUCCACUAUAUCAUGACUUGAACGCGUAUCGAGUUCUCUUCGACGAGAGUGGCGAUCCCCGUCUUUCUUGUUUUGGGCUGAUGAAAAAUAGCAGGGAUGGUAAAAGUUAUAGCACGAACCUUGCGUAUACACCUCCUGAGUAUUUAAGAAAUGGAAGAGUUACUCAAGAAAGUGUUGUUUUCAGCUAUGGAACUGUCCUUCUGGACUUGCUAAGUGGAAAACAUAUCCCUCCUGGUCAUGCACUCGAUAUGAUACGGGGAAAAAACAUUCUUCUAUUAAUGGAUUCACAUUUGGAGGGAAAUUUCUCGACCGAAGAGGCAACUGUUGUAUUUGAUCUGGCUUCGCGAUGCUUGCAGUAUGAACCCAGGGAGCGACCAAAUACCAAAGACCUCGUUUCAACACUUGGUCCAUUGCAAAGUAAACCUGAUGUUGCAUCUCAUGUAAUGUUGGGUAUUCCUAAGAAUGAGGAAGCUCCACCGACUCCACAACACCCUCUUUCUGCAAUGGGUGAUGCUUGUUCGAGAAUGGACCUCACAGCUAUCCAUCAGAUUUUGGUAAUGACACAUUAUAAAGACGAUGAAGGGACAAAUGAGUUGUCUUUCCAAGAGUGGACUCAACAAAUGAGGGAUAUGUUAGAGGCAAGAAAACGUGGAGACUUGGCUUUUCGGGACAAGGACUUUAAAACUGCCAUAGAUUGCUAUUCUCAGUUUGUAGAUGUGGGAACGAUGGUGUCUCCAACUGUGUAUGCACGGAGAAGCCUUUGUUAUCUCAUGUGUGAUCAACCAGAUGCCGCCCUUCGAGAUGCAAUGCAAGCACAAUGUGUCUACCCAGACUGGUCGACAGCAUUUUACAUGCAGGCAGUUGCCUUAUCCAAGCUAGACAUGCACAAAGAUGCAGCUGACAUGUUGAAUGAGGCUGCAAUUCUAGAAGAGAAAAGACGAGGUGGAAGAGCAUCUUGAAUUACAACACCCCACUUGUAUCAUUCUUUUGGUCCUUUCAAUUAUUCUUGUCAUCACAAAAUUAGCACAAUUCCUGUAUCAUUUGUUUGAGUGUGAUUGUCUUAGAAUUAUUGUAUAACAAAAGGAAGAGAAUCAUUUGCUCGGUUGGUAUAUGCUCAUGUAGUUUUGCACUCUUGAUUUGUCAAAAUAUCAAAAAUAAAUUUCUCAAUGUGUA